AUAUGAGUAUUUAAUAAUUUAAUACUAGACGGUAUUUGAAGAAGUUUUAUAUUUUAUUAUGUUAUAUAAUAACAAUCUUGAUAAUAGUCCUUCAAAAUUAUCAUUUUAAUAAAUAAACUAUUGAAUUUGCUUUAAUACAUAGAUAAAAAGAGUCAUAACAUACAAAUAAAAAAGAAGAAUCUUCCUAGCCAAAAAAUUAAAUAAAUAUGUCUGUAAGGUAUACUUUUAUAAAUAUAUUACGUAAACCUUCUAUAAUAUUUAAUAAGUACAUACAAGUAAGAAAUGGAAGUUACACAGCUUCUCCAUUUCUGGAAGAUGUAGGAGAAAUAACUACAAAAUUUGAAAAAAUAAACGAUCCAAAUGAAUGGAAAUACGUAGAAAGAGCCCUUCCACCAUCAAUAAUUCCCGAACCAAUUUCAAAAGACAGGUCCGCUUCUGGAUGGAAACCACAAGGUGAAAAUUUAAAAGAUAAAGCUUAUUUUAUCCAAAGAACGAAAAAUCACAUGUUACCUGUUUAUUUAAAAAUAUCUCAGGGUGGUUUGAAGCGACAUACAAUCAUUAAAAAAAUCCAGGGUGACAUCAACGUUUUAGAAAAAGAAUUAUUGGAAUUUCUUCAGCCAGAAUCAUUUAAACCAAUAAGAAGCCAAGUGAAUGAGUUUGUGGGUUAUAUUAGAAUAAAUGGUGAUUUUGUUAAUGCUACAAAAUAUUUUUUUGAAAAAAGGAACUUUUAGAAUGAUAAAAUUUUGUAUAGUUUUUUUUUUCAAAUGUUUACAGCAUUUUAAUGUUAUUUUUUUUGCUCCAUAGUUAUGAAAAUAAAUAGAACAAAUAAAUUUUUUAUAUUGUAAAUAAUUAAUACGAGGGUUGUCUACCUGCCUUAUAUUACUGGAAAUAGGUUAUAACCAUUUGACAGUUAAAUUUUAACUUUGGAUUUGGGAGGUGUUAGACCCAACUUCAUCUCUAUCACUGGAAAUAGGUUAUAAUCAUCUAGCAGAUAAAUGAUAACUUGUUAUUCAAGAGUUCUUAGACCUUACUUCAUUUCUAUCACUAUAAAUAGGUUAUAAUUAUUUUAGAGAUGCUUGAUUUGACAUUCGAGAAUUCUUGAACAUACCUUCAUCUCUGUCAUUGGAAAUAGGUUAUAAUCAGAUGAUUUAUAAGUUUUCAUUCGAGAGUUUUUGGUAAAUGAGGUCGGAUGUAAAUGAUGUUUGUUGUGUAGAAAAUUUUUUGCUGAACUAAAUCUGGAUAUAAAUUUCGUUUAUUCUAUUUUCCACCAAGAAAAAGUAUUGAAAAACUUCCAGGAUUUACUGGUCUAAUUAUUUAAAUGCCAUACUUUAUAAGUAUAUAACCCUUUUGAUGUCAAGAUGGCAGUGUUGACCAAAAAAUUUGUAACUUUAUAUAUAGCCCUCGUAUUAUGAGAGUAUAACAAAAUUUGAAAAAUGGUGAACUAAUAUAGGAAAAAAAGGAAUUUAUGUAUCAUCCGAACUUUUAUAAAUAAAACAGGUUAAGAAAAAAAGUUUAUUCAAUAGUUUCAAUAUUUAAAUUUUCAAGUAAUAAAUUGUAUUUUGAAACAAAAUAUCAAAAUUGUAGAAUUUUUUUAAAUAAAAAUAAAUCGAUUUUUGUGAAUUCAUACAAAAAAAUUAGUUUUCGUUACUAGUAGUUAUAUAGAAACAAAUUGAAAUGUUUUUGUAACAUUUUUUAAUGAAAUCUUUGUGACUAAAUCAGUAAAUUAUGUUUUAUACUCAAUCUAUUACUGUUCACCCGUAUUUAACCAAUAAUUUCACUUUUUUCAACAAAUUUUCAAAUAACAUUUGAUUGUACAUUUGAACUACUAUUGCUAUGACUCAUAUUACUGCCAUAAAAUUAAAUUUUUUUCAAAUUAUAGUAACUCCAUUCUACAGAAAUGUGAAAAUGCUUUCGAAAUUAUCAUGAAUGUAAACGAGGGUUUUUCAGAAAACGACUAUUUGAAAAGAUUAAAAAAAUAUAUCAUUAAUCAUUAUGAAUUCAGAAAAAUCAUUGAUAAUAGUUAUCAAACCCCAAUUAAGAUUGACACAUAAAACAAUUUGGUAUGUUUAAUCGAUUUUUUUUUGGAAAUUUACAAUGAAAAAUAAUUUUUUGUUCCAAGUUUUUAUUUUAAAAACAUUUCGAGAUGUCCUUGUAACAUUUUUAAUUUAAUACAUGUGAUAGAAACAAUAAAUUAUGCUUUAUACUUAGUUCAUUAACGUCCAUCCAUUUUAACCAAUAAUUUACAUUUUUUUAUAACUUUUUAAAAUAUAUUUGAUGGUACAUUUGAACUACUAUUGAUAUUAAAUAUAUUUUCGACAAAAACAUAAUUUCAAUCAAAAUGAAUUAUG